AUGACAAAUGUUGUAGAUCCUAUACAAGAAACAGUUGCGCUGGAUCUCAAGUAUCCAAGUGUAAGUGUGAGAUACUUUACAAAAUAUUACUUUAUACCAAAGGAGAGGAAGAAAGUGGAAAAUGUCAGCAAUUUGUCGAAUGUUGAUCAAGAUUCACCUGAUGAGCUCAGUAAUACCGAGGCUAAUCCUUUAAAUGUCAACAGUGAAGAAAGCAGUUUCCAGAGCCAUGAAUAUGGUUUUGCCAAACUUAAUGAGGAACAAAUUUCGUCAAAUCCAGACAGCAGUGGGUAUACGUGUGUUAUGGUACACACCAACAAGUUGUGCCUUGUAACCCUCUCACAUGUUCACCCCAUAUUGGCUGAAAGAAAGGAAAUUACUGAGGUAAGCUAUAAUGUAGGCAAAUUCAACCGAUUAGAAAAUCAAGUAUCUGGAAAGGGAAAGCGAGGUGCUCAGCUGAUGGGAGUGCAGUCGUCUGUGUGCAUCAUUACGUGUUCCGAUGGUUCCAAAUACAAUAUCUUAGCUGAAGUUCAAGGAAAACUAGUGGAGGUAAAUGAGCGAUUUUUUUUAUAUUUUAUUUAA